CAUGUCACAUCCGGGCAUUUGCAACAUUUUCCGAUGUUUAGCUGCAGCGGUUCAAAUUUGUAAACGUAUUCUCUGUUUAAUUUAGUACCUAGUUAUGCAUUUCGUUUAUUUUCUUUGAAGAGUAUUCAACACAAUUUCUUUCGCAACUGGUUUUUCUCGUAUUCUGUUACCCGUCGUGCUUGACAGCUGUAGUUUUCAUCGGAUACUUGCAAAGCAAUUCCACAAGUAAACAACUUAUUCAAAACGUAACAUUGACAAUGACAAGUAUGGAAGCAGAGAGAGCUAGUAAUUCUGAUGACAAUGGAAGAGACACACCUAGAGAAAGUUUUGAUAUGCCAUCAAGGACAGAUACCCCUGGUCCAGUGCCAAAGUACAUGUAUAGUAGGGACAAGUUGAUGGAUAUAUCUACAAGUAAGCUGGCUAAAGAAAGGCCUCCAUGCCUUUCCAAGGACCAUGACACGGCGGAGGGACUGUGGGAUCCAGAGAAGUGGUUUCGAUCUUUCGACACUUCUCGUGGAAACUCACCUAUGACAGUUGGAGAUAAGAAGCGUCCACUAGAGUUAGACAGAGAAUGCCUGAAUCGUCGCAGACCAUCAGAUCCUAAAGAGCGUUUGAGGGAUGAUAGAGAUGGAAUUGUUUUGAGCCCUCAGCGCCGAAGCUUUGGAACGGGAUGCCAUGUCAGUAGUCAUGUCCCGUUAGGACGGCAAAUCAGCAUCCCAGGGCAGGAAAAUGGAGAAAGUAGGGACAGGAAUGCUAGAAGAAUAGGAAGUGGACGUAUCCAAAUUGACAGAGAACGAGAACCAGCACACCAAGAACGAGACUUUAGAGCCAUCCGUGACAGGUUUGAUCGCGAAGACCGCAGAUUUGAAAGUAGAGAAAAUAGGGGAUUUGGAAGACGAGAGUUUGAAGAUAGGCAGAACUACAGAGAACGGGGACAUUAUAACAACAGAAAUAGGCGGGACUCGUUCCGAGGUCGGGAGGAGGAGGAACCAGAGUGGUUCACAGAGGGGCCUACCAGUCAACACGAGCGCAUCGAACUCCAUGGAUUUGACAAACGGCGCUCCAACACUCCAGAGAAGGACGAGGGCAACUGGAGGCAGAUGGAGAAAGAGGAGGCUAAUACCCGAGGAGAGAAGAUUGAGGAAGUGCCUCGGAAGAAGGAGGAGGAGAUGGAAGAGAGUCAUCAGGGAGAGUCAGUGGCAAAUGUGACAGACAGAAAUGGAAGUCUAGAAACCAAUGAACCAAGUUCUCCUGAAGAAUCCAACAAUUCAGAUAGUAUUAAUGUACAGUCACCACAAAAUAAUAAUCUGUUUGACUUCAAUGAGUUCUUUAGGAUUGAAAACUUGCCUGGACUUAAUGAUGGAGUCAGUCCUACAGCUGAUGUAACAGGAAUCCAGAGUCGAUUCAGUAAGUGGUUCUCCAACAGCAGCAGGGACAACAGCAGGAGGUCCUCAAUCAAUGAAGAUUUUGGAUACCUCAAUGAUUUGUUGAGUGGUUCUAAGAGUCCAGUAAUCCCUUCACCCCCACCCCCCUCUGCCAAUUCCUUCACUCACCAGUCGGUUUUCUCCACAUCGGCAAACAGCACAUUCCAAGACAAACCACAACAUCUGAGUUACGACUUUUCUUCGGUGCAGAAAAAUACAAUAGGUCCCAUGCUGAAUGCAUUGUUCCAGAACUCUUCACAUGAUAGAUCUCACAGGAGUAGUACAAGCAGUAUGACAGCUCAGGAUGCAGAGGCACAGCUAAAAGCUUUGUUGUUUGGAAGAAAGGGUUCUACUCCAUCUAGUAGUGGUACAGGCAGUCCUUCUGUGGCCUCUCCACUCAAUCUUCCUGGUCGAUUUAAGACAGUGGCGGAAUUGGAAGCUGACAUGAAGCCCCCUAAUCGUACUUACACCCCACCAGGUGCCCCUAUACAGCACCCUGUGACAAGCCAAUCAGUUCAGCGUAAGGUUACUCAGCCUCCUCCCCCAGCACAGUCUCCUAAGGAUCAGCAGGAUGAUCUGGCUGCGUUUAACAAACUCCUAAGUCUGAUGCAGGCUGGGGCUGCUGCAGCGGUGGAGUCUCCCACCAAACUGCCACAGAUUGUUGGACGAAAUCUUGAUCAGAGAACCAUGUCUCCUAUCUUCUCUGGCCAGCCCCCUGCUCCCCCCAACAAUAUGCCACCCACAGGACAACAACCUCUCACCCCUGGCAGUGUUGCACAGAAUGAGUUCCUUCAGGCUUUGUUGCGAAAUAAGGAGCAACAGCUUCAAAUUCGCCAGCAGACUCUAAAUCACAUGCGUGGAAGUGUUCACAUAAACAACCAGUCCACUCCAAUAGCACAACCCCCUCAGAACUUUCAGCAGACCCCACCUUCUGCAGGAGCCACCCAGCCUAAGCAUCCCAACAGCUCUGAGGCACUGGCCAACUUUAUCAAACAAAAUCCUACGAUCAUUACCAAACCCUCCACACCUACCCCACCCCCACAGCAACCUCCACAGCCCCUUCACAAUGUGCCAGCGGUCCACUCUCCCCUGGCCCCACACCCGGGCCAGGCAGCUGUUAUUGGUUUGAUGCAGAAUACCCCAUCUCCCAGAGCAGCCUCUCCUCAACUUAUUCAGCAGACUUUGUUGGCCCAGCCAGGGUCUCCAAGAGUUCCCUCUCCUAUCAUGUUCAGUCAGCAGCCACCCAUGCAUCUGAGUGCCCCUUCACCUAUCCACCCGUCACAAAUAGCAGGAAAAACCUCACCUGUUUCCAUGCAGGCAGCUACCAAUUUAUCUUCCACUGGUACAGCCACAAUUCGACCCCCUGUUGUGCCUCGUGUGCCAAGCCCCCAGGAGCUGAUUGCCCACACACAGGCCAUAAUGCAGACUGCCCUCCUAAAAAAGCAACUGGAGGACCAGAAAGAGAGAUUCAUCAAGAAACAGCAAGAAAGAGGAAAGUCCCCAAAUCCUCCUGCUCCACAAGGAAAAGGGGCCCCAGUAGGCCAGCAGCUUAGUCCUGCAUCCCCUUGUUUAGCCCCAAGUGGAACUUCUCCAGCUUCAUCUUUCCCGCAAUCCUCAGCCCCCCUGAGCACACCCACACCACAGUCCAUGUCUGCUUCUAAGCAACCAUCUGUCACAGCGUCUUUUACCCCAACUUCAGUAAUGAGAAAAAUGCACUCUGACAAAGCUAGUGAGAAAGAGAAACAGAGAGUAGAUGGUCAGAAAAUGGAUGGAAGUGACGGUGACAAAAGAACCCCACCUGUUAAACAGUUGGUAAUGCCAGACGACCAAAGUAAUGAGGGCAAGAAACAGGAUCAGAAUGUGUUUAAUUUCCGAACAGUACAACAACAGAGUCAGGUUUCUCAAUCUUCUAGUCAGCCACCCAUGUCUCUGGGGCAGAAUGUUGUAUCCCCAGGCACAAGCCAAGCUUCCAUCAAUGCUCACAAUCAAAUGCCAAACCUUAGCAUUCCUCCUCCUUCACUGGCCAAUCAGAAUGGCCCUCCUUCACUGGCCAAUCAAAACUCACCACAGUUCUCCCGAAACAACUCUGUUGAUCAGGUACAGCAGCAUAUGACUGCUGUGGAUCAGGUGGCCGCUAUCCAAGCAAUGAUCGCUGCCGACAGACUGAAGCAGGCCAGACCAGUGAUGGGCACUCCAUUAUCUUCAGCUGUGACCAUGCAGGCUGCAGGAAGGCCAAUAGUUAAAGGAAUGACUGUGAAUUCUUCACUUCCCCAACAAAACCCAACUCAGCUGAACAAGAUUUUGAGUCCCCAGAUCUCCAAUCCUAACAUGGUGAAGCCUGACCUUCAGACUCCCCCUCAGCGACCAAUCAUAGGCUCAGGCGCUACACCCAUCUCCUCCUCCGGGGCAGAACUGAGUAAAGUCCUACAGCAGAGACAUGUCAUUUCACCAAACCCCUUGACCCGUCCCUCAGUAGGGACCCCACAAGGUCUCCCCAUGGGUAUCCCCAUCACUGGAAGACUCCCCCUCCAGCCUCCUGUUAGUGUGGGUCAUAAUCCUUUACUGAUGCAGCAAAUGAUGCAAGGCAACAUCUCUCAAACAACAGUUAGAGUUAACACAUUGAACCAGAUACAUCUGAACCAAAUGGCCAUGCAAGCUCAGCACCAGCGGAUAGUGGAUCCAAGAUUACAGGGUAUAAGAGGGGUGUACACUCCCCCUGCCUCUGGUUCAGCUCCCCGGGCACUGACUAACACUCCCAUGGUGAACAGGUCCUUGACUCCAGGAAAGCAAGUACUAAAUGGCCCAAUUUCCCCAAACAACAAUAAAGGCAAUGAACCAAAUCUCCUGAAAUGGUUUGGUACAGAUGUCCUUAAAACCCCUCUUCCCCACAUGCCUCCCCUGCCUACCCAGGGACAGAGAGUAAUGACGGUAGACGAAAUAGAGCGAUACACACAGGCUGUGUCUAACUAACACUGGGUCAGAGCGAUACACACAGGCUGUGUCUACUAACACUGUGUCUAACCUGAACAGUGAUUUGUUCUUACAAGCUAGUCCAGAUACGUACUUAUACAGGGAAUGAAUGCUGUCUGCUGAUUGAAAUGAUGAAUGAAAUAGAGAAUGCUUGAAUCAAGUGCAUGUAUAGUGUAUAUUUUCAACAUUUUGCUCAUUUGGUCUUUGUUAUUUUUGAUAUAAUUUUUUUUGCCAAUGUGUACUUUUUAAACAGAGAUACGGUUCCUUAUUUGAACUUUAAAAAAAAAAACUGUGUAUGUGUAGCUAACAACGGAAUGAAAAUGUAUAUUGUGAUUGUCUACUUUUGUACAUAUAUAUAAAUAAAUGAUCUUGUAAAUAAGUUUUUUUCUUCUUGUUUGAAAUGUUCCUUUUCUUAUUGAUAUUGUAAAUCAAUGUUAUACAUUGUAAGUCAUCCACUGUAAAUAUUGUAUUAUAGUUAUUAUUAUAAAUCUUUGUUCCCUUCAAUAUUUUGGUUGUUCUAAUCUUGUUGCUUUACAAUGUACAUAUAGAUUUGUUGACUUUGUGUGCAGUGUUAGAGUCCUAUGUGCUGGAUGUUUACAUAUCAGCCUUAUAGAACUAGGUCAAUUUGGUAAUUUCUUUUAUUCAAAUGAUUUUGGAUGAAACAGAUAUGCGUUAGAAAUGGUCAGUAUGUAGAUAUUUUUUCCUGUCCUUGAUUAAUUUUUCACUUUCCACCCUAUAUUAAUUAUUGCCCUUCUGUAUAGUUGUAAAUAUUUUUUGCUUUUUUGGGGGUAUUUAGUGUUCUAUAUAUGUGCAUAGAGAAAAAAAUGUCGAAGCAUUUUUAUUGAUAAAAAUUCAUAAGUGUAUGUUUGUAAUAUACAUGUGUAUGCAUAUUGUGGUUUUGUUUAUAGAAACCUCUUUAAUGUACUUCAUAUUUGUGGCAUAUCAUUUGUCAUUUCCAAGCAUUUCAUAUUCAUUUAUAUAAAGACAGUAUUGCUUCAGAUGUAUAUCAAGGUCUUUUUUAGUGAUUUGAAAUAUUACAUGUAUUUGAAGAGACAUAUUGUUUUCGUAAUAUGGUGCAAUUUACUGUGUAAUCUUGCUAUAUAUAAAUGUGGCUAGUGUCAAUACAACUACGUGUUUAAUAAUAACCAAUCAUAAACAUGAUGGGCAAAUUGUCUAAAAUGUUCAGUUUAUUGUGUUUAAGAUACUCAGUCAUUUAUAUGAUACUUUUAUACUUUGCAGCUUAACUACACCCCACUUUGUUUACACAGUUCACUCCCUUAAUAGAAAGGGGAAAAAAUAUUGACAGCAUUUGAUCUAUGAUUGUAAACUUUUCAGGAAACUAUUGCUGUAGAAUUUUUUUUUAUUUUUUCAGUUGGAUGUGUUUUGCUAUAAAUUAAGAUUGGAUAAAAGAGAGAUAUUAUAAAAAUAUUUGAUUUUAUUAAGUUAAAAUAAAUCCAUGAAGCUAAUGAAGCAUUAGGAAAACAUUAGAAGUAGAUAGGUCUUGUAAGUAAGCAAAGAUUAUUUUGUUGUUGUACAGUUAUGUUGGAUUCAAGGUUAAUUUACAUUUUUCUAAUAGUGCUAAUUUCAUAAUCUGUUGAUAUUGCAUGUACCUACAUGUAUAUGUUAUUUUUUUCAUGAGUGAUGCGGUGAAGUUAGUAGAGGGAGAAAUAAAUUUCAUUUUUCAUAUACUUUAGAAAGUAACUCAAGGACAAAUUCAGAUUCUUUACUGUGUACAGUUGACUGUAUUAUUAAAACAGUCUUUUGUAUUAAAUUAUAAUUUAUUUACUUGUGAGCAAUUCCUGAAAUAGUAUAGAUUACCAGUCAAGAAAACAAAUUAUAAGCAGUUUUCAUAUCUUAAAGCAUUUCUAGAGUAUAACAAAAUGAUACAGGCCUGUGCAAGAUCCAAAUUGGUUUUCAACAAAUUCACAGUGCAGACAUGAAAAUAUUUUAGCUUUUAAUUAUAUUUUUCCGAUUACCAAUUUCUCUUUUUCAAUAUAUGUCUCUGCAUACCAACCUUAUAAACCAUUCAGUUCUUAAACUUUAUACUAAACAUAAUUUAUGACUCGUUAUUCAGGAUGUCAAUAUGUGGACCAAUUUGUUAUGGCUCCCAGACUAAAGCUGGGGGAUAGGUGAAGUAUUUUGAUGCAUUAGAGCUCCAUGUAUGUAUGAGGCUUAAGUGAGACUGACAGUGAGGGGAGAAUGAGAUCAUCAAGUUUUCGUGUCAAAUAAAUGUUUUGAUGUUGAAGACAUUUAAAACCUUGCAAAAUGUUGUUUAUCAGGAUUGUCAUGAGAUAAAAUUACACUACCCUUGAUCUUUGGCUAGAGUUUUCUUAUUUUUGUAUAUAUAUGAAAUUUACAUAAAAAGAUCCUUAAAUCUUCAGUCACAAGAGUAUAUGCCUGAAUUUUGUGUUUGAAAUGCAUGUUUUGAAAUCACUUUUGUAGUUAUAAUGCUUUUUUCCACAUUGAAUUUGACAGAAAUAUGUGUACAUAAUUAUAAAUAGAACAAUCCUCCAUGUGUCCUGAACAUGAAAGUUACAUGUACUAGAAAUGUCACCAGGUACAUUCAGUUCACUUCUUUCAAGUGAUUUCAUAGUUGCUGUUAUUUAGUUUAAUUUCUCCAUUGCAAUUGUAAAGUUUUGUAAUUUUAUAUUUAUGAAAAAGAAAUAAUUAUAAAUAUUCAGCUAUUUUUUGUUAUGGCAACAGAUUUGUCAAUUUAGUCAUGUUCAGUUUGAAAGUAAGCCAAGAGCUUGUGGUUCAUGUUCAUUUUAUCUCAUUGCUUUUCUGUAAUAAAGAAUGAAAUCUUG